AUGAUCGUACCAAUAUUCACGCUUAGGUUUAAUCAUAAAAUUUUCGCUGGUUUGACUACAGUUGGCCUCUAUGAUGGCAAACAUCCUUGCUUAACGUGUGCUACCACAGCCGGAAAGAUAUUGGUUCAUAAUCCUCACGCAAGGUUCAAUGAAGGUGGCCGUAUAAGUGCUGGAACCGAAUCGGACGUACAUUUACUGAAUAUAGGACAACAAAUAACCGCUUUAACUGCUGGUGCUUUGAAUUCGAAUGUAAAUAAAGACUUCUUAGUUGCUGGGACACAAACGAGCAUUCUAGCCUAUGAUGUUGAUCAAAAUGCAGAUUUAUUCUACAAGGAUGUUGCAGAUGGAGUAAACGUUGCUGUUGUAGGUCAAUUAGGCCAAAUUGAUUGUCCAAUAGCAGUUGUGGGUGGUAACUGUUCUAUACAAGGAUUCGACUACGAGGGCAAUGAUUUAUUUUGGACAGUUACAGGAGAUAACGUUCGAGCAAUGGCGUUAUGCGACUUCACGCGAGAUAAUGAGCAAGAGUUAAUAGUUGGCUCCGAUGACUACGAUAUACGUGUAUUCAAGAAGGACGAAUUAGUUUCAGAAAUGACAGAAACAGAAGCUGUGACAUGUCUUUGCCCUAUGUCAGGUAGUAAAUUUGGAUAUUCUCUAGCUAAUGGUACUGUUGGUGUUUAUGACAAAACAACACGAUACUGGAGGAUUAAAUCUAAGAAUCAGGUAGUAUCAAUAUUUAACUACGAUCUUGAUGGUGAUGGUGUUGUCGAGCUGAUAACUGGAUGGUCGAACGGAAAGGUUGAUGCUCGCAAUGAUAGAACUGGAGAAGUUAUGUUUAAAGAUAAUUUUCCAAGUUCGAUUGCUGGAAUUAUAAAGGCUGAUUACCGAAUGGAUGGGCAGCAAGAACUUAUAUGUUGUUCUAUUAACGGAGAAGUUCGAGGUUAUUUACCUAUGGAACAAUCAGGUGGCACUACAGCUCCGACAACAGAAAAGGACGUAUUUAGGGAGCUGAGCCUUAAAAAACAGAAUCUGUUAACUGAACUAAAAAAUUAUGAAAAAAAUGUGAAAGCGCAUAAGUUGCCUGUAGGACUAGAAAAGAGCGAGAUUGAUGGAACUCCAGUGGGAUUAAUACCAGCUAACACGCAGCUGCUUGUAACCCUUGAUGUUAGUCCUGGCGAUGCAAAUAUACAGCCUCACAUCGUUCUUCACAUAUCUACCAGCAAUGAUACUAUCCUUCGAGCAAUUAUUAUAUUUGCUGAAGGAAUAUUUAAAGGCGAAAGUCAUGUAGUCCAUCCGAGUCCUCAAAAUGUAAGCAAUAAGUUAGAUGUUCGAAUAUUUCCACAAAAAGAUGGCGUUGUAGAUUUGCAUAUAAAGGCUCUAGUCGGUUACAAAUCAAGCGUUCAAUUUCAUACAUUUGAAAUGACACGCCAAAUUCCAAGAUUUACCUUAUAUAUCGUGGCUCCUGAUGAUACACCGGAACCCAAAUCAUCCGUGGUUUUUCAUAUCACCGAAAGAAUAAAUAGGGUUGUUAUGUGGAUAAAUCAAAACUUUUUAUUACAAAAGGAAAUUGAAGCUGAGGAUGAGCUUAAUGUUAAAUUGAUAUGUUUACGAGAAAAUACUCCCUUGUUUGUGAAUAUGGAACCAAAUCAAAAUGGCAAAAUUACUAUCAAAACAGAUAAUAUGGAUCUUGCUGGUGACAUAAUCCAGGGAUUAACAACUUUUUUAGGGAUCGAGGACCUGCAAGUUACGGCAGAUUUUCCAGAUUACUUAGGAUACCUACGAAGUGUCCUUGAAAAGGUUGAUGAAUAUCACUCGACAAGUGAGAAGCUUACUGCAGAAAUGGCUGAUCAUUCAAAUCUCAUUCGAAGUUUAAUAGUUAGAGCCGAAGAUGCUCGUAUAAUGGGCGAUAUGCUGAACAUGAAAAGAGGCUACAUGGAACUAAAUACCGUCAAUCGCGAUCUGAUAAGCCAAUAUAGCAUUCGAUGUAAUAAUCAUACGGAGCUGUUAUCUAAUUUAAAGAUUGUUAAUCAAACUAUACAGAAAGCGGGAAGGCUAAGAGUUGGCAAAUCUAAAACCCAAGUCAUAGCAGCAUGCAGAGCCGCAAUUAAAUCCAAUAAUAUUAGCAGCCUGUUCAAGAUUAUUAAAGCUGGUUCAUCGUAG